GUCUCGUCGAGACGUCUACGAAGGAAGAAGAACGAGGCUUCUUCUCUGUUGUUGCUCUGUUUGGUUUCCUUUCUGCUCGAUCUUUCUCCCCUUUCCCCCCUCUCUCCUCUCCCCAUUCCUCUGUCAGUGUCACGGCGCGGUGGUCGUCAGUCCUGUAGUUAGUUUUCGUGUGUUUCGUCCUCUUGAGUCGUCAUAUUUUUCUUCCCUUUUUCUCUCCAACGUAGGACCUCGGGGUUUAAUUUUGGGACUUUUUUUCCCUUUCUUUCCCGUUCCUGUCUUUCUGAGUUAGGAUUUUUUUUCCGUACUUUCCACCUCUCUUCGUGUUCGUUGCGGGACUGAUGGUGUGAUUGGCGAGCUCUUCGAUGGAUUCGGGUGUCGGAUCUCUCGAGUUUCGUGGACCAUUUGAUUUAUUGUAGUUUGUCAUCUCUCUCUUCACACCCUCGGGGCAGUAAGUUGCUAUCUCGUCUCAGUGGCUUGGCGGGGUUGCACUUGGUAGGGUUGCGGUCGGUGAGUUGUGCCCGUUGUGUUCGUAGAGGCUUUUGUAACGUCGGGUUUGCUGUCGUGCGUGGACUUUGGUCCUUGAGUUUCCGUCACCUUCUAAUCCAUUCGUCUACUCCAUAUGUGCGUUGUCUAUCUUCUCUCUGUUUUUUUGUUUCACCGAGGGUGCCUUUGUCCACCCAUAACUCCUUUCUUUUCCGGAUCUCCGCACAUGUGUCCCAUAGGCGGCUCCAAGGAUUGAAUCAAUAAGGAGCGCAUGCACAGUCGUCGACUCUGCAGGUGCGAUUGAUGUCUUAAUCUUCAUUGAGCUGUCUAUGUGGACGAGGAAUGGUAGUAAUUGGUCGUAGUAUUGUGGAUUUCUUCCCCUCGCAACGGCAAGUAUCGUUCUUGUUCGGACCGGCGCUGCUGUUAAGUAUGCAGCCAGUAUGAACUGCGAUACCCUAAUGGAGGGAUUUGACAUAACCAUUAAUUAACUUCAUCGUGGCGCCCAACCUAUUUGAGCACUUACGACUCAACUGCGAGUGCCUCUGUUGGGGUUUCCUUGGACAAAGUCAGUCUUGAGCUGUGUCGUUCCUGCCGAGUAAAAUGAGGUCAGACACAGGGUUGGAGUGAUGCCCCAAGGCGGUGAUGCACUGUCUGUAUUGUGGGGCUGAUCGGCCGCGGUACGUGAACUUUGAGCGAAGGAUACAGGAAUUAAAUUGAGCCGACUUUGAGCUCACCAGCACGAACGGUUGCAUUGCGAAGUUGCAUCGAGACAUCGUGCUGGCUCUUACCGAGUCCAAUAAAGGUGGUAGGGUUGCGUGGUGAGCUAUGAGUCAACCACAGGUGCAGCAGCGACCGGCGGCUGCUAAUGGUGUGGGUCGACGUAGGCCAGAGAGGGAUGUAAGUAACAAUCGGGCAGAUGCUGGAUUUCGGUCAGACUCUCAAAAUUGGCGGUCCUCCUCUCAAGGUCCUUCGCGAAGUGGACCUAAUCCCUCUGCGUCCCCGGGAGCUCACGGGCACGGGCACUUUAACAGCAUAAGUAGUAACAGCGGUAGCGUUGGUGGAAGUACUAGAAGUUCAGGGGAAAGGGCAGAAACGGGAGUUGCCAGCCUUCCGAGAGGUGCAGGUGUCGAGAAGCCUCAUCAUGAUCGUUUGCUUUUCAUGGCUAUGUGCCUCAUUGGCCAACCUGUGGAGGUUCAAGUAAAAAAUGGUUCAUUUUAUUCAGGAAUUUUCCACACCGCCAAUACGGACAAAGAUUUCGGUAUUGUCCUGAAGAUGGCUCGGCUUAUCAAGGAUGGAACCGUCAAAGGCGGGAAAAGCGAUGCAGUGAAAGAGGCUGCGAGAAAAGCUCCCCAAAAGACGCUGGUUAUCCCUGCGAAAGAUUUUGUGCAAAUUAUUGCUAAGGACGUCUCUCUCACUGGUGACGCUAUAGCUAACGGCCGGGCACGGGAAAAUAGGGCCGAGAUUGUCACAGAUGCUGUUUUGUCUCAAGGUCGGCAGCGGGAGGUGGAGCGUGAGUUGAAGCCUUGGAAGCCUGAUGACGAAGCGCCAAGGAAUCUUGGCCUGGAGUCCACCUUCCAAAGCUCUUGGAACAGAAACUGGGACCAGUUUGAGACAAACAAGGCUUUGUUUGGCGUUGAGACCACUUUCAACGAAGAGCUGUACACAACGAAGCUCGAGAGGGGCCCGCAAAUGAGAGAACGGGAACGGGAGGCCUGGAGAAUUGCGAGGGAAAUUGAAGGUCAAACCACCAGGAAUCCCCAUGUAGCUGAGGAACGAGGAAUACGAAUUGCACCAGAGCUGGAAACGAUGGACGAAGAGAGUAAAUUCUCAUCAGUCAUCAGAGGAGCAAAGCUUGAUGUCGGCGAGGAUGGCGAGUAUGGACACAUCGACGACCAGAAUGGACAGACUUUUGGUAGCGCUUUCGGUGGAAGUGGAGGUGCUUCAACUAGCCCGAGUGGCAGCUCUGUAAGCACACCCAUCACUCGUGAAUCCGAAAGCAAAACAAGUCGGCCGUCGUCUGCAGAUUCGCAGACAAAUAAUGGGCCAUCGCAAAAGGAUCCAUUGCUUCCAUUGCGAGAAAGGAGGGCAACGUCAAUAGAGAAGGGGGAGGUGGCGGUACUUGAUAGCCAGGCUGACACGCACAGGGAGCAUGUGAGACUACGGCAACUCCUGGUUGGCGACAAAAGCAAGCGUUCUAGCAAGGCUGGAGGUUCCCCAUAUCAUAGCCCUGUUGGGAGAGGCUCGCCGCUGUCUUCACCCCUCGUCGGUGAUCCUGCAAGCAUUCAAGCUCUUAAUCUGGACCCUAGCUGUCCACAAGUACCAGAUGACGUGUACAAGGAGUUUCUGUUGUUCAAAACUCAGGAAACGUUGAGGAAAAAGGAGACAAGUAAGAAGCAAAGGGAGGAUCAAGUCAACGAGCUAAAGAAUUUCAGCGAAAGCCUUAGAAUUAAGGACUCCGAGCUUAGCUCACCGAAGGCUGCCCCCAAAGCUUCCUCUGGCGACCCAGUGAGCAACUCAAGCAGGCAUGGUUCUCAAGAUGGCGGAGCAAGGCCAUUAGGCUCGCUCGAUUCCAAGUCCAGUUUGCCUUCAAGUGGUUCUCCAGUUCAUUUAACUGCAGCUCAAGCAUCUGCUCCUCCGGCUUCAGCAUUACCGAUUCCAGUUGGCCUCGGCGGUCAGUUGAGUGGUACCCCAUCGACUCUACCGUCAAUUGUUACGAAACAAGGGACUGCAACUGCCGGUACUUCUUUUGAUGCUUCCCCCAUGACAACGCCAGCCGUUGGUCAAUCUAGUGGAGCCUUAUCUUCGAAUGGGCUGUCCGCGCCUUCUUCUCUCAGUACCAGUUUCGGUGCACCCUCUCCCUUGAGCGUGCCAAGUGUACCGGUUUCGCACGGAGUGUCGCCUUCUGUUUCACCAUCGUCGUCGGUCUCCUCCGUUGCAUCCGGAGCACCACCUUGUACAAAGAAAUCUUCGUUAAAUCCAAAUGCAAAGGAGUUCAAACUGAACCCUAAUGCAAAGGCAUUCACACCAAGUUUUACGGCAAGGCCUGCGUCACCAAUGAUUCAGGGCCCUGUGUACAUGCAUGCCGGCCUCCCACCUGUCACACCAAUGCAAGGUGUGCCUGUCGGCAUGAAUGUUGGACAGUACAUGCAGCAACCUGGACAGCCCUCUCAAUACACUCAGUACAAUAACGCUAUGGCUGCUGCUGCUGUGGGAAGCUCUCCACAGUACAUGCAACCACCUGGUGGCUAUGUUCCAGGUGCUACGGGUCCCCCUGUCUUGCCUGGGCAACCCAAUAUGAAGAUGCCACCGCACUCGCAACAACAGGUAGUCGGACCCCCAUAUGGACAACAGCAACAGCUGAGAUAUCCUCCGCAAGGGCAUCCCAUGCAACCUCAACCUUACCUCCACGCUAAUGCCCAGCUCUAUCCCCAGCAGAUGCUGUAUCCUUCUGGACAACUCUUGUAUAUACCACAGUAUCCGCAGGGAAUGAUGCAGGGACAGCCAGUUCCUCCUCCUCCACAAGGACCACUGCCUCCCCAACCUUCUCAACAAACUCAACAACAAAAACAUCGUGGUGGAGGCAUUCCCCAAAUGCAUUACAGUGGAGCACCACCUUACUUACCUGGCCAGCAUCAUCUCCCACAACCUCAGAUAUCCCACCUACACAACUCCCUACAACCAGCCCCUGGAGGGCUUGCCCCAACAUCAAUGCCUGGGGUUCAACAAUCUCCACAAGGGAUGGUGGCUCCAACUGGGAGUGGAGGCAGUGUUGGGGGUGGCAAUGGGAUAAGGGUGGGAGGGAAAGGUGGAGCAGGGAGUUUUGCACAACAGUAGAACAUGGUUUCCCAGUACACGUAGAAGAGGGAGGUGCGGGGGUUAGAACUAUGUGAAUUACUGUACUCUGGCCUUAAAAAAUCAUUCAUUGUGGAGUGGCAAUCCAGUGCAAUACUUGACAUACUUGUGUCAGGUCUCUCCCUAGCAUUUUUUGUCACUUCUGAGCAAUAAUAAAGGCAUAUCCCAGAAGGAGUAUGUGGC